UCUUUUCUUUGUUCUCAGAGACUCAAGUUCAGAAUCACAGCUAAGAGACUAGGUACGUGCUAGCGUUGCAGGGGACAAGGACGAGCUGUGCAUGAUGCUGGGGCAUGAUGCGUUACUUGAUUCUACAUGAACGUGAGGCGCUCGCUGGCAUUUCAGGAGGGCCAUGGCUUUGAGGAGUCCAGCUUGUGUCCCUGCUUGCACCACCACAGGGGCGUGGUUGGAGACUGGCGCCAGAAGUCGCGUGCAUCAAAGUAGUGCUUUUGGGAGGCAUCGGUCCAGCACGUGCUCCGCUUUUGCACACUUCGAGCAGCUGCGGUUUCCUUAUUCAUGCUCUACUCCUGUAGCUGUACAUAUCUCUCAAGAUUUGCUUUCCUUUCGAAGAGAGGGUUGUACGCCAAGACUAAGGAGCCAAGAAACGAUCAGAAAGCAGCUCAGAGGUCGGAGGCAGCUGACAUGCGCCAAGAAUCAGCAGCUUCAAUCAAUCGCCUGCCAUGCCAAGGCAACACCUGAGAGAGUUGUGGUGGCAGGCGGGUCAAAGCAGAAGCCUCCAUCUGUUGAGGUUGAAAAGCUAUUUCCUGGUCUAGAACCUGAAGAAAGACUAUUGGCUGGUCGGAAGCCCUCAGCGGAGAAAUUGGAAGUUGGCCGGUCGGGAAAGAAAGGGGCAAGUGAGGAAGGCUCGGGACGCACAUGGAGCGAUCGCUCUUAUGGAGCGGCUAGCUCAAUAUUAGAUGCUGACAAAGAUGAAUCACCAAUGGCGACAGUGGACUUAAAUGAUGUCCAUAAUUUUGAGGUAAAAGGCUCUGGGGUUUCAGAGGGGCACACUCUGCUUGAACGGGGGACGAGAUUGAUCAACACUGCCACCAAGGGAACUAGAUGGAGGGACGUGCGGUCAACUAGGGAGGCAGAGCACACACAGGGCAUUGCGAGCAGCAGGAGCUCUGCUCUUGAGAGCCGUGCGCCUGGGACUUCCCUUGAUGCCAUCUUUGGUAAAAGCGAGCCGGGGAAGGGGCGUCAAAAGCUGCGCUUCACCAGAAACCCCCAGCCGGACGUGAUCGCGGGUAGCAUAGAUAAUGAGGACGCAGAGAUGCCAGUGCGCAGCAGUCCUUUGAGUACGAUAGCUAGGCCGCUUCCAAGGGGUCAAUUCGGCAAGAGCGGUGGCAGGUUGCGGAGGAGUCCUUUGUCGGGACUAUUAGCAGGGUAUGAGACGGCGGAUGAAUCUGAGAUGGCGGACACGAGCGCAACUCUUGCGGCUGGCCCGGAAUGGGUGGUGGAGCCGUGUCCGGUAUGCCAUGGGACUGCUACUCUCGUGUGUGACGUGUGCGACUCGGGUUGGCCGCCAGGCGCUUGCCCAGCGUGCAAAGGCGUGGGGUACAAGACGUGUACGCACUGCCAUGGAAGUGGCACAACAUAUCGGCAAACAAAGAGAUCGCAGCCUCCGAAGACACCUGCUCCUUCGAAAGUCCCUGCACAAAGCACCAGCGCAGUGAACGAGCCACUAGAGGAGGAGGGCCCUUCGUUGCUGGAAGCAUACCGGAUAAUUAAGAACGAAAGGCGGAUGCAGUCGGCCUCGUCCGGUGCAAACGGGCGCGCGGCAGCCAAUGGCACGCCUGCCAAGACGCACUGGCUCGUCGGAAGGCCCAAGUCGCCGGAGCACCGUGCCAAGAUCAGCCGGGCCAUGCAGGGCAAGCCUCGCUCUCCGCUAACUUCGUCGCAUAGGAAAAAGCUGUCCGAUCUACGGCGGGAGUUCUUCGAGGAGCCGGGCGCAAGGGAGCGCUGGUCGGAGCUUGCGAAGAAGUUUUGGGCACCGAGAAAGCGGGUGAUGCACUGCAGCUACUGCGGCCUGGAAGGCCACAAUUCGCGGUUCUGCCCGGAGCGAGGCUUUGUGAAGAGCACGAACAAGCCCUGCCCGAUCUGCGGGCAACCGGGCCAUGGGCGGGGCGGCUCUUGUCCCAAGCGCGGCAUGGUGCGCAUACCGUUCCGCUGCAAAAAGUGCGGGGAGUACGGGCACGAAGCGGGGCAGUGUCCGAACAGUGCCGCGUUCCCGGGCCGGACGCUGUGUGAGAUCUGCGGACUCCCCGACCACCGUGUGCGCGAGUGUCCGGAGCGUCCGAAGGAGCUGAUCAUUCAGAGGUGCAGCAUAUGCGGCCAGCCGGGACACAAUCGGAAACGGUGCCCUCAGCGGACGGAUGCCGGUUAAAAGAGAUCUUUUAGCCUGGGAAGUGGGACAGCGCACGCGGGUAGUGACUGGUGAACUUGUUGCAAACGACGAGCAGUGACAGCCGUGCUUCGAGUGUCAUUCUCAGCCAGCGGGCUAGAGUGACUUGUUGAUUGAUUCGCUUCUUAAUUGGACUUAAAUCUUCUGGUGGGAUCUUUACAAAUUUCAAUGCCCUUUUAUGGGUGCCGAAGAGGUAGAGGAGUCGAGAACAAUGAUUUUAAUGACUUGAGCAAAAUCAUAUCUGACCCGCGUCUUAAAUGAGCAUGAUGGCAC